AUGAGAAUCCUGUCUGAAAAGCUCAGAAAUAUUGCCAUGUUCUUGCCUGCUCUUCUCUUGGCAUGUCUUCCAUCUUUCACUCAAGCAUGCACUUACUACAGCUACAGCUAUUACACUUAUACAUACAACUAUAACCUCUGUGAUGGAUCAUACUGCUCUUACGAUUAUUAAUGUGAGAGUAACAAUUGCUCAAGUAGUGGUGUCUGCAGAACCACCUUGGCUCCAUGGGCAAUCUUCUUGAUUGUGUUCUUUUCAGUCUUCAUCUUCAUCACCAUCCUCAGAAUCAUUGUCAUUUGCUGCAGAAAGAGACAGGCUCAUGCUAUCGUUAUCAGAAACCAAGAGCAUCACCACCAUCAUGAUGACCACCACCAUCACCAAGCUCAACCAGAAGUACAAAGAUUGGUCGUCACUCAAACUACACAGCAAGUUCCAAUGGGUGCUCCAGCUCAGCAAUAAUAUAACCCAGCUUACGGUCAACCAGCUGGAUACCAAAUGCAAUAGAACUUUGGUUAUCAACAACCAAUUUAUGGUCAACCAGGCUAUGUUGCACCUCAACCAAACAUGUAUCAGCAAUAACCACAAUAGCAACCUCAAGUAUAUAUGUGA